UGGACCCGCCCGGUUCAGCUCAGCCACCGCCAGGCCGGCCCCGCCCUGGCCCGGUGAUUGAUCACCAAAGAUUCCCUUGGCUUUAAUGGUGCGCUUGGAUGGGAAUUAAUUCUAGGAUGGAUAAAUAAUGCAUCGAGGUUUGCAUAGUUCAAAGCGGGCCGUCUGUCGGGAGCCAGGAGAGGGAGCCAAGGGGCCGCGAGGGCGACGCCAGCGGCCAGCCGGUGGGACGAGAGGGGCGUGAAGGGAGACCCAGCGACAGCGCGAGAAGAGGGACGUGGAUGACGGGCUCGGGCCCUCGCGCCCGGCCCCGCGGCUGCAGAAGCAUGUUGAGCCCGAAGAUCAGGCAGGCCCGCAGGGGGACUUAUUUCUCUUCAAGGGACCCAGGUGACAGAACUUCCUCCUGGCCCUGAGGAUCCAGGGAAGCACCUCUUUGAGAUCAGCCCAGGUGGUGCCGGGGAGCGAGAGAAGGCACCGGCUGGCCCCGAGGCGCUCCUGCUCAUGGCCAGCUCCCGGAGGGACAUGGAGGACUGGGUACAGACCAUCCGCCGGGUCAUCUGGGCCCCACGGGGCGGAGGGAUCUUUGGGCAGCGGCUGGAGGACACAGUCUACCACGAGAGGAAGUACGGCCCCCGGCUGGCCCCGAUGCUGGUGGAGCAAUGCGUGGACUUCAUCCGGGAGCGAGGGCUCACUGAGGAGGGGCUUUUCCGCCUGCCCGGCCAGGCUGACCUGGUGCGGGGCCUGCAGGACUCCUUCGACUGUGGUGAGAAGCCACGCUUCGACAGCACGACAGAUGUGCACACUGUGGCUUCCCUGCUGAAGCUGUACCUUCGGGAGCUGCCCGAGCCUGUGAUCCCCUUCGCUCGGUACGAGGAUUUCCUCAGCUGUGCCCAGCUGCUCACCAAGGAUGAAGGGGAGGGGACUCUGGAGCUGGCCAAGCAAGUGCGCAACCUUCCUCAGGCCAAUUACAACCUGCUCAAAUAUAUUUGCAAGUUUCUGGAUGAAGUGCAGUCCCACUCAGAUGUCAACAAGAUGAGCGUGCAGAACCUGGCGACUGUGUUCGGACCUAACAUCCUGCGGCCGCAGAUGGAGGACCCACUGACCAUCAUGGAAGGCACCUCCUUGGUCCAGCACCUGAUGACCAUCCUCAUCCGCAAACACAGCCAGCUCUUCACAAUGCCCACCCUGGAAGGGCCCCCCAGAUCACUGCAUGGGGGGUCACCAUGCACCGUGGGCUGGGGCUCUGAGGAGGUCAACAAGGACAGCCACGGCGAGCCUGGGGACCCCGGUCUGCCCACACACAGGACCUCAUCCCUGGAUGGACCAGCUGCCGCCGUGCUCGCUAGGACUUCUCCCACGGGUCAGGGCAGCCCCAGGAAGAGGGUACAGACCCUGCCAGGCUGGAAAUCAUCCUUCCACCAGCGGGGCCCUGGGUCAGCGAGCCCACAGGGGGGCAGUGUGUCACUGGAGGUGCCCGUGGCCUCCAGGAGCAGCAGCCGGGGGAAUUGGCUCAUGAAUGGGCUGUCAUCUCUGCGUGGCCACCACCGGGCCUCAUCGGAGGAUUGGCUCAAGGACUCUGGCUCCACACAGAGACUGUCCACCUACGACAAUGUGCCCCCACCCAGCCUCUUCCCCAGCACGGCCAGCGUGGCCAGCACAGCGUGGUCCCCGGCCUCAUCACCCCGCGACGCCUCCAUCAGCAGCUGCACAGCUUGCAGGGCCAGCAAUUCAUCGCCUGGCAGUUCCCUGCACACCGAGUGGGCCCUCGAGCCAUGCCUGCUCCCCAGCAGCAGUGGCGAGGACCAUAGGUCCCCUGACCUGGCCUGUGGCUUGGAUGAGGCAGGGGUGGGCGACAGCAGCAGCCAGGAACCCAGCAACCCCAGCAGCCCUGGCCAGGACCCUGCGCACCGCUGUCGGGUGCUCCAGGGACUGGUGGCCGAGCUUAAGGCAGAACUGUGCCGCCAGCGGACCGAGUACGAAGCGAGCCUGAGAAGCAUUGAAGAGGGCAGUGUGGAGCUGAGGGCACAGCUGUCGCAGCUGGAGGAGGAGCUGGAUCAGGAGAGGAAGAAGCACUCCAUGCUGGAGAUCAAGCUGCGAAACUCAGAGCGGGCGCGGGAGGAUGCAGAGCGCCGGAACCAGCUACUGCAGAAGGAGAUGGAGGAGUUCUUUUCCACGCUGGGGACCCUGACUGUUGGGGCCCAAGGUGGCAGAGUCCCAAAGUGAAAGGACCAGACGGGUGCACUCCGCAGGCUGAGCCAGAAGCCCUGCCUGGGCCCACGGCAUGACAGGUGCUUGGACACAGAUCCUGUCACCCAUGGGACUGCAGGGACCCCUACACCCAGGCAGGAUCUGCUGCUGUUCCCUCCAACUACACAGGGUCAGGUGGGCGUCAAAGGGGACAUGACUAGGACGGCUAUUAGCCCGUCAUCCAGGUCGUCUCAGAGCUGCUGCCCCAUGGUGCCUGGAGCUGUGAGCCACCAGGAGCCAUCACACUCUUUAUUAAAUGCACUCUUCACAGCA